AAUAACGAAAGACAAUCCAAGAAACACGUCAAAAUUUUUGAUAGGAAAAAAAUAAUAUUCUGUAAUAAUCUAUCCAGAACUACAUAGAAUUUGGCAUUGCUUAAAUUAAAAAAAUAUAUAUAUUUCUUCUAAAUUUAGUGCAACGAUAACAGAAGACUGGCUAAUAAUAUCAUUGUUAGUUAGAAAUAGCCAUUGCAAAAUAGUUGGCCGUGUUGACACUAUUAUUAUCAUCCAAAUACACUUAUCAAAACCGUCGUAACUUCUCAUAAACACUCUCACAGCACGAAAUACUUCGUGGUAUGCUCAUCCGUUUCAAAGAGCUGAGUACGUCUGAGUAAGCGGAGCGAGUGUCGAGAUAAAAACAUAAGACACGACGUCAAGAGUCCACACCUCAACGCUUGGAUCUAGGUAUUUGUCGCCACAACAGUUCAGUUGUCGUCGCCACUUUGCUCGCGUUAAACGUGCCACCUUCAACUGAUACAGAAGCGGUCUGAUAACUGCUGACAAAAAAAAAACCAAAAACAAAAAUAAAAAAAUAUUACGCACGCAGCGAACGGAAGUUAUUGCGUACAAUAUAAUAUUCUAAAUAAACAUAAAUUUCAUUAAGAAAUUAAUACAUUAUGUCCGAUAAAAUCAGCGUUUGCAUUGUAGGCUCCGGAAACUGGGGUUCUGCAAUUGCUAAGAUUGUGGGUGUAAACUGUGCUACACUGCCACAAUUCGAAAAAUGUGUGACCAUGUACGUGUAUGAGGAGAUGAUCGAUGGCAAAAAAUUGACGGAAAUCAUAAAUACAACCCAUGAAAAUGUUAAAUAUUUGCCAGGACAUAAGCUACCAGAGAAUGUGAUCGCUGUACCAGAUUUGAUUGACGCCUGCAAAAAUGCCGACAUACUCAUCUUCGUCGUGCCACAUCAGUUCAUUCCGAACUUCUGCAAAACCCUUUUGGGUAAAAUCAAGCCAAAUGCCAUUGCCAUAUCACUAAUUAAAGGUUUCGAUAAGGCCGAGGGUGGUGGCAUCGACCUGAUUUCACACAUCAUUACACGCCAUUUGAAGAUUCCCUGCUCCGUGCUUAUGGGCGCCAAUUUGGCCAAUGAAGUGGCACAGGGUAACUUCUGUGAGACCACAAUUGGUUGCCGGGACAUUAAGUAUGCCAAAACUCUACGUGAUCUCUUCCAAUCGCAAAACUUCCGUGUGGUUGUGGUGGACGAUGCUGAUGCCGUUGAAGUUUGUGGUGCGCUCAAGAACAUUGUUGCCACCGGCGCUGGUUUCGUCGAUGGUCUAGGUUUGGGUGAUAACACCAAGGCGGCGGUUAUCCGUUUGGGUCUGAUGGAAAUGGUACGAUUUGUGGAUGUCUUCUAUCCAGGCAGCAAACUGUCGACGUUCUUCGAAAGUUGCGGCGUUGCUGAUCUGAUUACCACCUGCUAUGGUGGCCGUAACCGUCGCGUUGCAGAGGCUUUCGUGAAGACCGGCAAAACUAUUGUAGAACUAGAAGCUGAGCUGCUAAAUGGUCAGAAAUUGCAAGGUCCACCCACCGCCGAGGAAGUGAACUACAUGCUGAAAAAUAAGGGCUUGGAAGACAAAUUUCCACUCUUUACGGCCAUACACAAAAUCUGCACAGGUCAACUGAAAGUUCAAGAUUUAAUUGAUUGCAUACGUAAUCAUCCCGAGCACAUGGACGAGCCCAUUAUUGUGCAACCAAAAUUGUAAUUUCCCACACAGCGUUUGUCACACAAAUUAUAUAUAUUUAAACUAAAUAUAUAUAAAAAGUCACGCAACUAAUUGGAUUAACGGAAAAAAAAUUAACCAAAAGGCAUGUUUAAAAGCGCAAUAAAGUGCGAGCGAGCGAUAGAGAGAGAGAGAGAGAGAUAUAGAGGGAGUGAAGAGUUAGAGAGAACGUUUCCAAAUUGCACACUUACUUAAACACAGUUCUCUGAUGCAAGCAAGGACUACGAGGGCAUAAAAUAAAAUAAAAAACAUAUAUUUUUCGGCGUCGCACUUCACCCAUCUUUCCACGCAUCCAUCAAUACCACCAUAUCAACCAACAAACAGUCUCAUAAACGUUUGCCGCAUUCAUCACCCCUCAGUAUAAGUGUGCACGAGGAGUAUAUUUUCGUGAUUCUUGCGCAUAACAGCUAACCUAUUGCAUUGAUUUUCUGCAGUGCAGUUCUAUAUGUAUUUGUAUACAUUAUGUUACUUGAAGUAUAUUGUAUAUUAUGAAGUCUGUAUAUAUAUAUAUAUAUAUAUAGUAUAUGCCAGAUAUAUUUGUAAAUAGCUAUAAAUCACUUUUGCAUUGAAUGUUUAAUUCUAUAUUUGUUAUAUUGAUAAAAAUUAAUUUUAUAACAAAAUUGUUAAUAAUAAAAAGAAAUGGUUUUGUAAAAAAAAUCGUAACAUUGCAAUCAUUCAUUACAUAUCACGUCACCCUGUUCGGAAACACUAUUGAGUGGUUAAAUGCUCAGUAAAAAUAUUUUGUAGGAGUUGUAGUUGGCAAUCCAAUGUUAUUUUUAAACAUUUUAUGUGUUUAUAAACUCGUCUAAAAAUUUAUUUAAUUUGAAAAAAUUUUAAAUCAAAGAAAUAUUCAAAAUUAGUAGUAGACGUGUGGAUUGCUACCUGACCAAUUAACACAUAUUUUGCUUAUUGACGAAGCCAUUAGCCAGAAAUGAGCCUCACCGCUACGAAGGACGUAGGGCUCUUAAAGUUGAGGCCAUUGAUUCCCAAUUUCGGUAGUAAAUUUUAAAAAUUUCGACUCGUUGGAUCGUAUAUAUUUCCAUGAUGAAAUGGCAAACUUUACUGAAGAGAAAUGUCGAAGCAGCAUGAAAAUAAAAUAUGACGUCGUUUGCUGUCCCUACUACUUUUUGUAGCAUUCCUUUAGAAAAAAACCUUUAUUUGAAAGGAAAAUGUCGAUGAGUAACACCAUUUGCAACAUAACUAAUAUUGCUAAUAGAGGAACCAGAUUAUAAUUAUACUCUCGCAACCUGUUGCACAGAGUAUUAUAGUUUUGUUCACAUAACGGUUGUUUGUGUCACCAAGAAAUAAAAGAGUUAGAUAUGGGGUUAUAUAUAUAUAAAUGAUCAGGAUGACGAGUGGAUUUGAAAUCGGGAUGUCUGUCCGUCCGUCUGUCCGUCUGUCCGUGCAAGCGAUAACUUGAGUAAAAAUUAAGAUAUCUUAAUGAAACUUGGAACACAUAUUCCCUGGCAUCCUGAGGAGGUUGCUUUCGAAAAUGGACAAAAUCGGUCCACUGCCACGCCCACAAAAUGGCGGAAACCGAAAACACAUAAAGUGACAUAACUAAGUCAUAAAUAAAGUUAUUAAAAUAAAAUUUGGAACACAGGAUCGCAUUAGGGAGGGGCACAUUUGGAUGUAUUUUUUUUGGAGAAGGUUUUUUGUAUUUAUCUCGCAAAUCAAUAAAGCUAUAUAAACCAAACUUUCUGCAGUCGUUUCUUUUAGCCACUUCUUAAUGCAGUCCCAAAAUGAAAGAAAUCGGAUAAUAACCACGCCCACCUUCCAUACAAAGGUUAGGUUGAAAAUUACUAAAAGUGGGUUAACUCACUAACGAAAAACGUCAGAAACACUAAAUUUCACAUAAGAAAUGGCAGAUGAAAGCUGCACUCAGAUGUUUAAAAAAUGGAAAAUGGGCGUGGCGUCGCCCACUUAUGCGCCAUAUCUCUGGAACUACUCGACCGAUUUCAAUGAAACUUGGUAAUAGUUUCCUUACAUCCUAUAAACCAGAAUUUUAAGACGAUCUAAAUAGUUUACUUUACAAUAUAUAAAUUAAGCACUAGUGAAGAUAUCGGUGCAGAACUUUGCACAAAAAUGGGUCAAAUUGUGUAUUAUAUAAUAUUAAUAAAGUUAAAUAAAUUGCGAGAGUAUAAAAUGUUCGGUUACACCCGAACUUAGCCCUUCCUUACUUGUUUUUAAUCAAAAUUAUAUUUUGUAGAAGUUUAGGGGUUUUACAAAAUUUUUUCAUUUAGUAAAUUUGUUUUUUCACUUGAACUAUUUUGUUUAGGAGUUUAAGAAUUGUCUUUACUAAAAUUCUGUUAUUUAUUGAAAUUUGAGAAAAGUAAAUUAAUUAACCUAUUGGUUAAAAAAUCAUGGGCGCUUAAAAGUGAAGAUUUUUGUUUUUUUAUAGCUUUAAAUAUUUUUUUAAAUAGUUGUGGUUAAACUAUAAAUCCGGAUCCUUUUCACAUCGCUUUGAUUAUAUUACAAAAACUUCACAAAAAUUGAAUAUGUUCUGCUGGCAAACCAAAUUGGUUGGCUUUUAAAAAGUUUAAAAAUAAAAAAAUACAAAUAAAAAAUUUCGCCAAAAAAAUUAUAAUUUCCAAAGUUAUAGCAGUUGGUGUUGAUCCAGUUCCAAACAAGGUCCUUGCGGUCAUAAGUCUAUGGAGAUUCAUCUAAACUCAAGCGGAAAAGAAAAAUUAGUUUUAUAAAUAGAUAAUCCUGGUGAAACUUUUUUUUUUAAUUUCAGAAAACAAAAUGGCGGCCUGAGGAAAUUUUUUUCGAUAUUUUCGGGAAAAAUAAACAGUUAAUUGAUCUUAAAAAAUCGAUACAAAAAAGCUUCGAUCAUGCCUAGGAUUAUUAUGUAUUACAAAAUUAUAAAUACUAAUAAAAUUUUUUUUAUUUUGAAGAUAUGAAGGUAAAUGCAAAAAAAAAAUGUUUUUUUGAAAAUCCUGACUAUCCCUUAACAUACAACACAUAACCAUGACAAAUCAUUCAUUUCCAUAUUAUCAACCAGUUUUAGCUAGACUUACCCUGUCGUUUUUUUAUUAAAAAAUAUAAAUAAAAUCAAAAACCUUCAAUGUCAACAAAUUAAUGUUUUAUGCGCUAAACUAAGUGUUACAGCAAGUUGAAAAGACACACUUUGUCUAGAACGGCUAGGCGUAUGCUUUGCGCUGUGAUGUGCUAUGCUUUAAUGCUUCAAAACUAAAAAACAAAAACCUAAAAUAAUAAUUAUAACAACAAUAAAGUAAGACAACAACACAAAUACAAAAUAUUGAUGAAAAUAUUGGAAGUGAUUUUCAAUUUAAAACGCUGCUGCUGAAGACACACAUUCAAAACGUAUGUAUGCAUUACCUUCCCCUCUCUGUACAGUUCGACUGACAACAAACAAAGAUUGGUUUUAUCCCCUCCGAUUGGCAUGUUUAGCACAUAUUGUAAUACUAAAUGAAUAACUUCGCAAUGCUGAAUUAUUAUUAUUUUCUCUCUCUCUUCUUAUGUCUUUUAUUUCACAGGCAAAAUCUCUAAAUAAAAAAAAUAAAUAAAUAUGUAUGUAAGCAGUGUAUAAUGCAAUUGCAUGACAUGUACUAGACACACACACACACACAAAAACACA